AUGCAGUCAAACAGAAUUUCAGAUUCUCCGUCCUCGGCAGCUAGACCGAAGACCCCGUCCCUGUCUGAGAUCGUCUGCGGACCGUGUAGUCUCAGCCGGAUCUACUCCAGAGGGACCUUCCACUGUUCCAUAUGUAAGGAAAUUUUUUGUCACAAUUGUUCCAAACUUCACCGAAUGAAAGAAUGGUCCCAGAACCACACUAUAAUUCUUCUAGAGAAGGCAAAUUCACAACAACUGAAAGCAAUUUCGUCACAGCAAACUUCCAAGACUCGCCAGGAGUCAUCACGACGCCCGCAGCGGUGGAACAGACGAGCACCACUAAACGAAGGAUUUGAAUCAAAGUCCAAAUACCUGAACGCAUUGGCCAGUAACCAUGACCACGAGACAGAGGAUUUGGAAAAUGAAAACUACUGCCCGGAUCAUCAAGUCGUCUUCUGUGAAAGGUGUAAAGACUCUCACACUGGGUGUAAAAAGGUCAUUUCUGUUGCUUCAUUGGCAGAAAAGAUUUUGUCAAAAGGCGACCUUUCUCAAGUGAUUUCAGAUUUCAAGAAGUUUGUUAAAUUCUCUGAUAUCAUGGUGGAGGAUCGUCUUUAUCACGAGCGGCAGAUUGAUUCGCAAAGGAGGGAGAUAAUGCCCGCCAUCCAGACUAUGAGAAACCAGUACGGACAAAGGGUAAAUAGCGAGGUUUCCGUCCUGGAAAAUGAAGUAAAUAAUAAGAUGGAACAAAACGUGAAUAAGAUUCAUUCACAUAUUGAGAAAUGUAAGCGUGUUAAAUACAUGGUGCAGUCUGAUUUAGACAAUUUACUAUCUGUCGUAGAUAAAAAUGCACCGGGCCCAAUUGUGAAAACGUACAAUCGAUUGAAAACUAAAUGCCCAAUUUUUGAGAAGUAUCUCAAAGAGUUAUACAACGAUGCUAAUUAUAUAUCCUACCAGUUUGUGCCAAAUGAAGAGAUCUUAUCUCUUCCAAACAUUGUUUCAUCUAUAGGUACUUUGAAGGAAAUCAACGGUUCCUCUAGGUUACCUCCCUUUCUGUCGGUGGACAACGUCACUCCACUUAGCGAGAGGUCGCUGUAUUACAGGAGGAACGGUGAUAUUCGGUUGUUUGGACUGGGGAUUCUUGGGAAGGGAGGGAUAACUUCAAUGCGAUGUACCGCCAACGGUUACAUAGUGGCGGUAGCACGAAGCACGUGCGAGUUUCGCGUUUUCACUUCACGUGGCUGGACAGUUGCCCAUUUAGUGCUGUCAUCGCUGCCAUGGGAUUUUGCGAUGGUGUCUGAAAACGAGGCUUUUGUCACGUUACCAGGUGAUAAGAAAUUAGUGAAUCUGAACAUCGAUUUCAAAAUGCGUAAAGUAAGACAGAUAAGGGAGAUAAGCCUGUCUGAAGCGUGCUGGGGGUUGACGGAAUUUAAAGGGAGACUGAUUGGUACGUUCUCGCCCUUCGAAGCAGACCCUCAUUUAAAAGUGAUCACCCGUGACGGGAUUACAGAAAGAAAAAUUGAGAUCUCGGAUUCCCCGGUCACAUUCCGAGCACCACAGUAUGUAUUGUACCACGAGGACCGAGUGCACAUUUCUGACAACUACUCACAUGCCCUGAUCACCACCGACCUAGAGGGGCAUACAAUGUUUGCAUUCAAAAGCCCCGAGUUUGAGAAUCCUGCCGGAAUGGCUGUUGACUACCAAGGUAAUCUUUAUGUGUGUGGGAAGACUUCGCACAAUGUUUUGCAGAUCUCGCAGGACGGGGAGGUGCGCGAGAUCCUGACCCAGGACGAGUGUUCGUUCCGACCCUGCAGUGUCAGCCUCCUGUCGGACGGGUGUGCUUUGCUUGUAGCGUCAGCUGACUCCAACAUACUACAAACAUACCAGUUUGAGUAA